CUCACAGUCUGCUGCUUAUCAAACCAGCUGGUUUCGUUUUAACGUUAAGGGUUGAACACUUCCUAGAUGAGAAGCCGGGGAACAGCCUUCGCAUGGAUGUGUGUUACCUGUAUAAAGCCUCCGUCGUAUCCCCGUGCAACCGUUAAAUAUGUCCGGAGUCUAGUCGCUCGGAACCUUGGACAGCAGGUGGCGCUGUGGAGCUCGUUUAGCUUUAACACAAGGAAAGAAGAAGAAGCUUGGAACAGGAAGCGUGUACCACAACAACGUGCUUUUAGUCAAAUUACCGUACUAUUGAAGAUGAAGCCCACUGAGGUAAAGCAACAGCAUCCCUCUCUCUUUCUAGAGGUUUGUUCCCACAAUGAUGAGCCUCGUCUUCCUCUGCACACCUCCAUCGCCCUGUUUCUCCUCUCCUACUGCGAGUGCAAGUCCUUCAAAGUUUCCCUUGUCUUCACCAAACAUGCCAGCUCCCAGUCACUGGGGAGUCACCUGCCAGAGGGUUUGGAAGUGUCUGAUAUUCAGUUGGAGGAUCUGCCCCAGUUGGUGAGGGGCUGCCGUCUCCCUGCUGUUUUGGAUGAUACUGGGAUGCUCUGCAGGGCAGGGCUGGCGGUGGUGCUGAGGCAUAUCAUCAACAAGACCCUGGAGGCUGACCCUUCUAGAAAUGAUGUGAUUGCACUACUGGGAUUCAAGAAGACCUGUUUGAAGGCCUGUGCUGAGGUGAGUAAGUGGACCAGACUGUGUGAAAUUGGAAUACCUUCUGCUGUUGAAGAACACCUCAAAAAUCCCACAAAUCAAUAUCAGCAGCUGCCUCUUUCCAUCAUCACCCUAGAGCGCAGGCUAGCGGAGCCUGUCAAAGUCCACAAUGAUGACAAGAUACGGAGACAGAAACUCCAAGAGCAGAGACAGAAUAAAAAGAAUGAGUCCCCUGAAGGCAAAGGGAACUCAGACACUGAAUCCAAGCCGGGACAACCACCUCAGGUCAGUGACGGACUUGAGCUCAGGGCGGCUCUGGCCAAGCUGUCCGUGGAUUCAGUUCCAACCUUGACCACCAGAGAGAACUCUGAGAUCAGGAAAGUGAAGACCACAGACCUACCUCCGCUGGAGCAUGUGUUUGCAGAAGGACUGUACUUCACUCUGACUGAUGUGGUGCUGCUGCCGUGCAUUUAUCACUACUUGUGUUCCCUGCAAGCCCAUGCUGCGAGCUCUCUCCAUCAGCUCCCCCACCUGCUGCGUUGGUACAGCCGUGUUCAGGAGGUACCUGGGCUCCUUCGGGCUGCCAAUGAUUGUGGGAUGGCUCUUUCCAUCCCCCAAGUUCUCACGUCCAGCCUCCCAGGGCCUUCAGCAGAGGACAUCCCAACCGGCCUAUUGGAGCAAGAAGAAGGCCAGGACAUGACCAUGCAGCUUCCCUUUGUCGGAGGCCCCAGACCCACACUGACUAAACUUCAAGAAGAUGGCAUCGAGGCAGUUUUCACGCCUCACCCUUGCCCUGCCUGGACCCUCCCGUGGGACAGCUUACCAGGAGCUAUCAACCCCACUGAAGGGAAAAUGUCAAAUAUCCGUGCAGUCAGGAAGAGGCAACAGCUGAACAACUUGGUUGCCAUGGUGACGGAGCUAGCCAGGCCAGGACACACUGUUGUGGAUUUCUGCAGUGGAACGGGCCAUGUGGGGAUUGUUCUGGCUCACACACUUCCAGAUUGUCAGGUCAUCCUCAUAGAGAACAAAGAAGAGUCAUUGGUCAGGGCACAGAGUCGUAGCGUUGAGCUCGGUCUGAAAAACAUCGGCUUCAUUCAGGCUAAUUUGGACUACUUCACUGGACCGUUUCAGAUUGGGGUUGCCCUCCAUGCAUGUGGCGUUGCAACAGACAUGGUGAUGGAGCAUUGCAUCCAGGCAGGAGCCGCCUUUGUCAUCAGUCCAUGUUGCUACGGCUUCAUCCAAAACGCAAUCAAGUUCACUUUCCCCAAAAGCAAAAGGUUCCAAGAGACUCUGACUCAUAAGGAACAUAUGAUCCUCUGUCGCUUCGCAGACCAAACUGCUGUCCAGCUCCCUCCUGAGAGGCGACUCAUCGGUAAAACGUGUAUGGGCCUCGUAGAUUUGGACCGCUCGUGGGAAGCAGAGACUCGUGGGUACUCUGUGCAGGUGAUGACUAUGGAGCCUGAAAGCUGUUCACCGAAGAACAACAUGAUGGUGGGAAGGCUGCUGCACAAAAGUGGACUGGAUGUUGAUGCUAGACAACAGGAAGCACUGGUGCAUAAUUAGGACUGCAGGAACUGGUGUAGUCAGGAUUUGAUAAAGUACCCAGCCUCUGUGGCUCUUGGCUGCGUCAUCAUGGUGCUGAUAAUACAAGAUGUUAUUUUAACCACCCUCAACAUUUUUUUUUAAUUUUUUUUA